AUGAAGCUUCCUUUGGUAUUUGCCUCCCUCGUGGCCACAGUAUUCAGUCAAAAGGAGCUGUGUGCACAGUAUGAUACUGUCUCGAACCCUCCAUACACAGUGAACAACAACCUCUGGGGAAAGGACCAGGGAACCGGCUCCCAGUGCGUCUAUGUUGACAGCAUCUCUAGCUCGGGCGCUGCAUGGCACACUACCUGGACCUGGAGCGGUGGCGAAGGUACGGUGAAAAGCUAUUCUAACUCCGGAGUCAACUUCGAGAAGAAGCUCGUGAGCGAUGUUCGCAGCAUCCCCACCAACGUCGAAUGGGAACAAGAUAACACUAAAGUCAACACUGAUGUGGCAUACGACCUGUUUACCGCUGCGGACAAGAAUCACGUCACAUCAAGCGGCGAUUAUGAACUGAUGAUUUGGCUCGCACGCUACGGCACUAUCCAGCCCAUUGGCACCAAAAUUGAUUCAGCUACAAUUGAAGGCCAUACUUGGGAGCUGUGGUACGGCACUACCAUCCAGGCAGGCGCUGAGCAAAAAACGUACAGCUUCGUCUCGGCAACCCCGAUAAACUCAUGGAAAGGAGACAUUAAGCCAUUUUUCGAAUACCUUACAUCUAAGCAGAAGUUCCCUGCUUCUACCCAGUACUUGACCAACCUGCAGUUCGGAACUGAGCCUUUCACUGGUGGCCCAGCAACAUUCAAGGUUUCUCAAUGGACCGCCAGUGUCAACUGAGAAUAUGGAAGCUUCAUGCCCUAUUCCUCAAUGGGGCUGGUGGCCCGCGGCCAGGUGCAGUUGGCAUGGUCUGCUUACUCCCACUACCUAUAGAUGUCUUUGAUUUGCUUCGGAAAUUGGGGGCUUGUGGCCGAUUUCCCUAUAAAUUGGAAUUUGGCUUGAAGAAAAUAUCCAAUGUUCUUAUAUCGGUGUAACGGCUCAGCCCAGCGCCUUCAUCAGCAAACAUAAUCAACACGGCAAACAAUGCCAUGGAAGCAAC